AUGGUUUUCGAUAGUAUCAAAGCCUCUUUCACUUCAAAGAGGCGCAGACGAGCAUCCACAGCGUUCUCUGAUGUACCUUUCGUCCGUUACGAAGAGACACCCGAGGCUAAUCUAUCGCCACCCUUGAUAAACAACCCAUCUUGGAAGGCCUUUAUCCUCCCAAGCAUCACGUUGUCGAAGCCGCUUACCGUGAACAAAAUCAACAACAUUGGGAAACAACCGACUGCAAACAUGGAGAUUGUGGCCGAAAGUGCUGAAGCAGCCUCUCCUCUCGACGCUUCUCAAACCAACAAAGCCGAAACCGAUACUCUCUACAGCACACAACCAAAGCUAAUCAUCAAGCGGAAGCCGGUUGGGCAAGUUGUCACGGAUCCACGAAGCUCUUCCUACAUCCCGCCUUUCGACCCUCAAGCUCCACGAAAAGACGCAUCUCUCCAUGCCCGUGCUCGAGAGGUCUUGAAGAAGCGGUAUCAAUCCAAGUUCUUCUUUGACUUUCUCCCAUGUGAAGGUGCCAACAUCCGUGAUUACGACUUCCUGUGGGUUAAGCCGGGCGAGUUGGAACAGCGAGUUCUGGAGGAUAUUAUCUGGGUUCGAGAGCGCUACGCCUUUGCGAGAAAGGACGAGCCGGCUGAUGAGGAUAUCAUCUUCUUCUACGAUGCUGAUGCAUUUGAUGAGGAGAUGCAAGACAAGGAGCCUAGUGGGGAGAAUGGUGACGAUGUUGAGGAUUCUAGGGAGAACUGGAGUGUUUCUGUUCAGACUGAGGGAAACAGAGAUGAACAUAAUUGA